UGAACUAUGGGAAAUGAGCUCUGAGCAUCACCGUUGCUAGGCGAUGGCCGCAGACAUCAGCCUGCACUGACACUAUCACUUCGAUAGCUCAAGCCUACCUGUAAGCCGAUUCCGAAUGAGCUCUGGGAAAUACUGCAUUUGUCUUUGGACAAACUAACCGACGGACCGAAUUCAGACCUCCAAUGGACAGUGUGGUGGUUUGUCACGGAACAAAGGCCGCGGAGUGAUGCAAUGGCGCUCAGGCAUGGCACUAUGAAAUCAUGUGACCAGGAGGUCACAAGCGCUUCUGUGAAGAACGGGGUUGAAGCUGUGGCUCCACCCGUUAGGAAGACUCGAUCCUGCAAGUGUCUCCUGGCCUUUGUCAUCGUUCCCAUCAUUGUCCUCACCGUCGCAGGAGCCCCUCUGGCCUGGUACUUCCUGGACCACAGGGUUUGGGUUUUGGAGCCUCGUGUCCGGCAGCAGUACACAGCCUACAUGUCCAUCCUCAACAGGAACUUCUCCGCUGAGUUGUCCUCUCUCACCAGCGCUGCGUUCGAAAAAGAGGCCAAGGGAGUAAAGACCAUGGUGGAGAAGAUCAUGAAAGGCUCGAGUCUUUCUCGAUACUUCAACUAUACCACUGUCUUCGCCUUUGGGGAGGGGAGUGUUGUGGCUCACUUCUGGAUGGUGAUGGCUGUGCCAAGCAGCCAUGUUGGGAGGGUCACACUGAAGAAGGUCACCACGAGCCUGGAGGAGGGCCUGAGGGGGAACAGAGGGUCAGGGGAGGAGCAGAUGGUCAUCUUCGAUGGAUACCUGCUCCACCUCCCUUCACUGUCUGUCAGUGACUGUUACCGCUACCAGAAGGUGGCGUCCAGUAGCCCCGUGGCUCUCCUUGUGCCCGACACACAGAGCUCCUCCUGCAUGUGGCACCUCCAGGCUGCCCCCGGCUCCCAGCUGGAGCUCCGCAUGGAGUGGCUGCUGCCACAGUGUCAGGACAGUCUGGUUGUGUACAACUCCCUCACCCCAACGGAAACUCAACUCAUCACAUCUGUGUUUGGCUGCAGCAGAUACGAGCGAGUGGUCAAUGUCCUGUCUUCAGGCGAGUGGAUGACGGUGAUUUGGAAACAGGGUCUUUACAUCUCCAAGGAGCCCUUCUCUUUGUCUGCACAGGCCUGGGACCGGCAGGAAUGCAACUCCACUAUAGAGCUGAAGGCUGUGACAGGCGUCCAGGGGACACUGAAGACGCCCUUCUUCCCCAGCUACUACCCCCCCGACACCAACUGUACCUGGAUCUUUGUGAUGCCCAGUCUGUGGAUGGGCCUGUCUCUGGAGUUUGAGGGCUACAAGCUGAGCAGAGCCAGCUACGACCAAGCCUGUACCCAGGGACAGUGGCUCGUCCAGAAGCGCAGACUGUGCGGCAGCAGGAGUUCGCGGCCACACAGCGAACGACUCGCCGUGCUGUCCGCGACGGCGACUGUGGUCAUGACGUCGGAGGUGUCGCUCACGGGGCCGGGCCUUCAGCUGCGCUACAGCGUCUUCAACCUGUCGGAGCCUUGCCCAGGCCGGUUCCUGUGCAUCGCUAAUGGUCUGUGUGUCCCCGCCUGUGAUGGAAUCAAGGACUGUCCCAACGGUCUUGAUGAGAGAAACUGUGUGUGUGUGGCUCAGUACCGGUGUCCCGAGGACGGACAGUGUGUGGACUACGACAAGGUGUGUGACAAACACCCCGACUGCCCCGAAGCCACGGAUGAGAUGAACUGUACUGAUGGUGUGCAGUGCACGGAUACGACCUACGCGUGUGCUAAUGGAACGUGUCUGAAGAAGCCAAACCCAGAGUGCGACUCUGUGGUCGACUGCCCGGACGCCUCGGAUGAAAAACUGUGUGACUGCGGCCUGAGGCAGGACUCCAGUCGUAUCGUCGGGGGGACCAAUGCCUCCGAGGGGGAGUGGCCGUGGCAGGCCAGCCUGCAGGUGCGGGGCAGCCACGUCUGCGGGGGGUCGCUGAUCUCCAGUCAGUGGGUGGUGUCCGCCGCUCACUGUUUCUACGACGACCGUCUCUACUCCCCGUCCAUGUGGACAGUGUCCCUGGGUAAAGUCCUCCUCGGCCCCAGCGGCCCCACAGGCGAGACGGCCCGAGUUCAGCGGAUCCACCUUCACCAGUACUACGACGACGAGUCCCACGACUACGACCUGGCCCUCCUGAAGCUGGAGCGACCCGCCUCCGCGCUGCAGGCGGGACACGCUCGGCCCGCCUGCCUGCCCCCACCCAGCCACCAGCUGGAGCCGGGCCGGCUCUGCUGGGUCACCGGCUGGGGGGCUCUCCGUGAGGGGGGCAGGGCCAGUAACGUGCUCCAGAAGGUGGACGUUCGCCUGGUCAGUGAGGAAGAAUGCGUCCAGUCCUACGGCCGCCUGGUCACUCCCAGAAUGCUUUGCGCCGGCUAUCGCAGUGGAGAGAAAGACGCCUGUCAGGGAGACUCUGGUGGCCCCUUGGUUUGCCAGGAGCCGUCCGGUCGCUGGUUCCUGGCCGGGGUGGUGAGCUGGGGCAAAGGCUGCGGGCGUCCGGACUACUAUGGCGUCUACACUCGCGUCACCAGACUCACUGACUGGAUCAAGCGGGUCAUCAGCAGCCCCUGAGUCGCCGAGGAUCUUCAUCCUCCUCACAACAUCAUCAUCAUCAUCAUCAUCAUCUAAAAACAUUCCCUAUACGCGAGGAUUGAAAAAGCACCGUCAAGAUGAUUUGGGAUCACAGUCAAACAGCAAAGCGGUAAAGUUUGAAUGGUAAAUCAUUUUUAAGUGACACCUUUCACAAGUGAAGCCACCGGGGAACCAUGAAUAUCCAUCCAGAGUCAGUACAGAUGCAUGUGACUGAGGUUACCAGUCGGUGCCAUGACGUCUAAAAGCUGUGCGGUCUCUGGCCGACACCUCCCUCUUGUGGAAAUACGUGCACCUGCAGCGGAGGCGAUACAUCUUCUGGUUUAAUGAUCUCUUUCACAUGCCACUUUCUAUGUGUAAGCGAUAUUUUUGGAGGUCUACUAGCUGUAUGAUUCACCCCAUCCGAGGAGAGGCGAUUCUACAACGACUAUGUUCUCAAAGGGUUUGGGAGCAGGUGCCACAGUUUGGCAUCCCUCCCUGCGACUCGAUUGCUCGUGAGUCAUGGAGUGAACCAAAUUGAGACGAGGACGAUUUGUUUUAUUUAUCUAUCCAUUUAUCUGUCUGUAAUUGGUAUUUUAUCCAGCUCUAAUAUUGACAGUCAUGUCCCCAUGAAGGAUGGUUUUCUAUGGCCAAAGAAACCAUACCAUAAUGCUGGUAACUCAGAUUGUGUGUGCAUUGAGUUAGAAGCUUUUAAGUCUGAACCCAGGUGGGACUCGAACCCACAAUCCCCAGCUCCGGAGGCUGAUGCCUUGUCCAUUAGUAAUGGACACAAAUUUUUAACAUAAAUAGACACGACACAGUGACACAUUCAAGAAAAUCCCCAAAAUGGCACAGGACUUCCCGCUUUGAUGUCUGCAACUGUGAUCCUGUCAACAGAUGAACAAAGAUGGU